AUGGCAAACUGUGCCUCGUCCUCAUCUUGCGAAGCUACUAAUGUUUUAUUCGCUCAACGCCAUUGCUCCUACUUCACUGGAGAUGAAUAUGAUAAUCUGUCCGAUUUUGAAGACGUCAUGUUUAAAAAGAUUGGUCGCAAAGCAGCAACAGAUAUGCAGUGUCCACGACCGGUCUCGUUCUGGACGGCAGAGGGUCACUACUCCAGAGUACUACUGACCGACAGCGACGAGGAGCACAGCCAGCUGCAACCAUUCAAGACCUACCCACCACCCCCCGAGUGUCAGAAUGGUGGCGUCUGGUCAGACACUACCAAAACGUCAUGCGACUGCACUGGCAGCUUUGCUGGGACAUAUUGUGAACGCUACUGGGAUGAUUGUUCUGAGGGAUUCAAGAUGGGUAUAACAGCAGGUGGAGUACACACCAUUCAGCCAAGACCUUUUGCAACACCUUUCCAAGUCUACUGUGAUAUGAGGUUCGGUGGACGCACGUAUGUCCAAAAGCAGUCAUUGGGCAUCGACUUUUAUCGGACCUGGCAGGAGUACAGAGACGGGUUCGGGACUCCUGGAGGAGAUUUCUGGUUGGGUUUGGAAAAGAUGAAAGCCAUCAGUGACAAGACACCAGGCAGACUUAUAAUCAAUAUGUUGUAUAAAAAGGGUCAACCGACCUGGGGACAGAUAAUUUGCCACUCUUUCAAACUCACAGACGAGUUAGAUGGUUUCCGGCUUAACUUCUCUCACACUGCAGCAUCAAAGAAUCCAAUCAACGAUGUCAUUACUGAUCUGAGAGGAGCCAGGUUCAGCACUAAAGACAGAGACCAUGAUGAAGACCCUGCUGGAAGCUGCUCCCAGAAACAUCACUCUGGUUGGUGGUUCAGAAGCUGCACCUUGUGUAACCCUAACGGUCAGCUUAAACCGAUCCCCAACAUAGCCACUAAUCCUGAUGACAUUUUCUGGGAUGGAGAUAAAAGGGGUGUUAAAGAGACAUAUAUUGCUCUAAGCGGGUACUAGAUCAUACGAAAUACUUCGUGACAUGUAAAGUAUCCAAAGAGACAAUAGUUGUUUUACCCCAACACAAAAACCUUCCGCCUAGAGCAUACAUGUGCACGUCCACGUCCUUGUAUUUACAAUCCCCGAGCAAUGUUCCAACCAUGUCAUGAAAGGUAACCCUAAGAAAGGACUUAAUGAAGGUCCCAGGUCCUGCCGUGAUGGGGGGAUGUCUUCAUGAGUACUUCGAGACUUAUCUGAAGAGACAAUAGAUGUUUUCCGUAACGCGAUACCUUCCGUCAAGAGCAUACACUAGUUAAUGGAUUAACUGCAUAAGCAACGUUCCAAUCAUGUCACGAAAGAGAAACCUAGGAAAGGAUUUCCCACAGUGCAUGAAGGCUUGGGACAGGACCCAGGUCCUGGCGUGA